ACCAGUUACUAUUCAUAAGGUGUGGUUUAUCAUUCAUUUGAAGUAUGUGGGGAAUAUUAUUGAUAAGUGUGGCAGUGGGCUAUGUUGCUGCGCAGAGUGGAAGUGAGGAAACUCUGGUGGUGAAUAUAAAACAGGGACCAGUUAGGGGGCACAGACAGACGAACAGUGAUGUAUUUGCUUUCUUUGGGAUCCCUUACGCUACUGCGCCGACAGGAAGGCAAAAAUUUAUGCCGCCCUUGGCACCACCGCAAUGGACAGACACCUUCGACGCAGUAAACAAAUACAUAUUUUGCAUUCAACCACAAUUUGACUCUACCCAAGAAGACUGCUUGGUAGCCAAUGUGUACGUUCCUGACACAAACCAAACGAAUCUUCCGGUCAUGGUCACAGUGCACGGAGGCAGUUUCCAAUUCUUAUUUGGUACUUACCAAGAACCUGUUACUUUGGUGAAUUCUACCGAUAUGAUUGUAGUCACAUUCAAUUAUCGUCUUGGAGUACACGGAUUCCUUUGUCUGGGCACAGAAGAAAUACCCGGUAAUGCCGGUAUGAAAGACCAGGUAGCGCUACUCCGAUGGGUAAGAGACAAUAUUGCAUAUUUUGGAGGCAACCCUAAUGACGUCACUAUUGAGGGAUGCAGUGCAGGCGGAUUUUCUGUUGAACUCCUUUCCUUAUCGCCGAUGGCUCAAGGUCUCUUCCAUAGGGUUAUAUCAAAUAGUGGUGGCACAAUUGGCCCCCUGAUUGUUCAAGUUGACCCCUUAGAGAAUGCAAGAAUUUAUGCCAAUGCUCUUACCACCGAUAAUGUAGACGAUAUAGAAGCAUUAGAAGAGUUUUACAAAACUGCGUCAUACGAAACACUAAUUUCACGAGUAGAUGUUAUUGCAGCGAGACUUGACUCAUCGGUACUGUUUGUUCCUUGUGUUGAGGCUGAUCUGGGAACUGAAAUGUUCCUUGAUGAUGCUCCAAUUAAUUUGUUGAAAAAACCAAGCCUAAACACUUAUCCAAUGCUUUACGGAUAUGCAAAUAUGGAAGGAUUACUUCAAGUUGAAUCGUUUGAUGUUUUGCGACAUUUAAUGAAUGCGAAUUUUUCCCACUUUGUACCAGCUGAUCUGCAAUUUGAUUCUGAUGAUGAAAAAGAAGAAGUUGCCAAGAAAAUUAAACAAUUUUACUUCGGUAAUGAAGAUGUUAAUGAAAAUAACAUUUUAAGCUUUAUAGAUUUUUACACGGAUGUGUUAUUUGCGUAUCCUAUGCUGCAUACAGUGAAAAUACGGGCUGAAGCAGGUCAUAAAGCGAUAUAUUUGUAUGAAUAUUCUUUUGUGGACAACAACACUAAUUACGUGCCCCACACGGAGGAGCGCGGUGCUGGCCACUGCUCACAGACCGGCGCAGUUGUUGAUGAAGACACCACUAAUGCGACGGAUGAAUAUAUUUUAAUGAAGGAAAUUAUGAGAGAAUUUUUUACAAACUUCGUGACGCAAGGAGAGCCAGUACCUCAAGGGUCAUUACUGCCAGCCUGGACCCCGGCCAACGCCCAGAGAUCACCGCACUUGUCCAUAGGACCCAACCUGCAGCUGCUAGGACCUCUUUCUCAAAGACGAGCUGAGUUUUGGGACGGAAUUUAUGAAAAGCAUUACAGAACACCCAUCUCCCCUAGGAACUCCGCUUUGAACAUUAUGUUUAGCCCUUACUUUGUUAUUGUUAUGUUGAUUGUAAAUUUUAUUAAUAAUAAGAAUAGCUAUAAGUAUUAAAUGAAUUACAUUAUUUUAAGAUAAGGAAAUGAAACACUCAAUGACUAAAAUAUAAAUUGAAGUUAUUUAUAUCCCGAAAGCAAAUAAUUUUAUGAUGAAAUUUAUAAGGGGUAAGGAAUUAUUCUGUAUAUAUUACCUAACAGAAUAUAUGUAGUUAUGUGUUUUAACUUAAAAAGCUUUUCGUCCGCAGUGAAAAGCGAGGUGAAAAGUCCAACUAUAUCCACAGCAAAUACUUACUACACACUUACACUAUUUAUUCCUUGGAUUUGACGUGAAAGAAGAACAAACAUAUCAUCGUCCUUAGUUAUGUGGUGGUGUAAUGGAUAGUAUUAUAUUUGUGAGUUUGUUUGUUACAUUUUUACGCUCAAACGGCUGGGUAAAUUUUUAUGAAAUUUAGUAUUGAGAUAGCUGAUAUUCGCUUCCAUGGGAAUUUCGAAAUAAAUCACAUACUAGGGUUUUAUCAUGAAAGUAGCGAGAUUCCCGUAGAAUUUGGUCAAAAUGUCUUUAUUUUGUCACCAUCAACCACAAAAAAGUAAUACAACGCAUGUCACUAUUACACUGAAUCUGGUUAGACAAAUAGUCUGAUAGUCAACGAUGCUUUAUAAAGCAGAUGGCGCAACUGUGUUGUGUUUUUUAAAAAUAAUAACAACGUUUCAACAAUUCAUCAUUUAAAUAUAUGAGUAUAAUAUCUAUUUAUACAAAAAAUAUAAUCUCCUUAUCAAAUAUAUAAUCAAAGAUAAAAUGUUUAUGAAUCGUGAAAAAAAUCGUUAAUAGGUUUAUAAGUAAAGUAUUUUAUCAUUUGGGGAAAACAACAUGUGGGGAAAACAACUGUUUAUUAGUUUUGUUAUUUGUGAGAUUUGUGAUAUGAUGUAUGUCUGCUCAGUGUGCGAAUGAGGAAUAUCUGGUGGUGAUUAUAAAUUAAGGACCAGUACGGGAGUACAAGCAGUUUAACAGUGAUGUGUUCGCCUUUUACGGCAACCCCUACGCUACUGCGCCUACACGAAGCCAGAACUACAAUUUCAACCAUGUCUAGUUAUAUUGAUGUUGGCGAACAACAUUCUGAUGAAAUAUACGUAAAGAAAUUAGGAUUUAGCUUUUAAUCAUAACCUAAAUUCUUUUAAUCAAUGCUUACAUGUAACAGCACAUCAACCUAUCCAAAGUCAUUGAUAAUUGACCGCUAUCCCGAUGCACAGAGUUCCAUGCAGGAUAUCUUGAUAGGCGGAGGAGGAUUGUACAGUUUUACAUUUGUUUAUUGGUAUAAAAAAUGUAUCUAUAAAUAAGACGGCCAAGAAUAUUUAAGUUAUAAGGGUUCCGUUUUUGCCAUUUGGCUACGGAACCCUAAAAACGAGUUGCACUCGGGGAGUGCCGGCAGACGUGAAAUCUUGAAUAUUAACGUUGUGCAUUUUUAACGUAUUACAAAUUUUCGAUUUUGAUCUCAUUCGACUAUUGCCAAUACUAAUUUGUUCGUUGGUUACCUAUUCAUGCUUUAUAUACUGAAAUAAUUUUCUUCAAAUUUCUCAUUGGAUCGUUAACAUACUACCAGUAUGAAAACUACCACAUGAGUCAUAUCAGUAAGUAUGCGAAAAGAUGGAGGAAUCGUAUUCGAACCUGGGAUCUUUAGAUCAAAGGCGUAGAUUUAAAAUUGUGUCUAAUCCUGCAAAUUCAGACAUUUCUCAACCGAUUUUGAUGAAAUACAUGCGUAUCUAUUCGAAAGGUCGAAAGGAAUAAGAUAGUUCUAGAGUAUAUAAUAUAGUUGUUCUUUCAGCAAUGAAAUUGGGAAUUAAAGAUGGUAUCAUUGUCAUUGUUUGGGAGCCAUCAAAUUCGUAUUGCGGACAUCCAUUCCCCCUAACAUUCUCAAACAGUUCAUAAAAAUUCCUCGCGAUAUUACACAAGGGAAAUAAUUUGAACAAUAUCUUCUGUGUUAUAAAGUCUAUUUUUAACUUUUAUUAUCGGUCUGUUUUGAUAGUGGGGAUAUUUUUAACGAAAUGUUUUGCAAUUUGGUUUAUUAUUGCUAUAAACUGUACUUUAUUAACGCGUCCCUGGUGCGGAGGGUGCGGGGCAGUCCCAAGACCAUCCUGAGGAUGGAGGCCAGCAGACUAGACUGCAUAUAUGUUAACCACUGUUGUGCUAUCUCACAUGGGAUGGUACAGCAAUGAUUAAAUAUUAUUUUGCAUUGUAUUGUAUUUGUUUUAAAAUAUGUUACUAAAAAUAGGUUAAGGCUAAGUGUACUAACAAAAAUGGACAAGUCUGAAUUGAAAAAAAAAAUAAUAUUAUUUGUUUCGUGUGUUAUCAUAACUUAUGUAUUAUUAUCGAUAUCUCGGAUAACAACGUGUUACGGUAAAACCUAUACCAGAUUUAAAGUCCAACCUUCAACCCCAUCAACCCUCUAUGGGAAUGCUGUUUAGUGUUUUUCAACAGUAAAAAACACUCGCGUCCAGGGACGGUUAUGGAGUAGGUUCUAAGAUGAUGGAUUCCUAUCAAACGCCUGAUCGUACCGCAAAUUAUGAGAAUUAUGUACACAGCAAACAAAUAAAAUAAUUUGAAAGCAAAAAAGACACUGGCACUUCCAAGACAAUCUGCAGUAUUCAUUGUUCAAUAAGUCGGGUAUUUUUUCAAAUUACAAUGAGAUGGGAUGGGAGAAAUUAAUCAAGCGAGCGGGAAAAUUUAGGUACUUGUUUGUCCUUACUUAAUAAGUUAUUUAAUAAUCACAAUAAUAUAUCUUUACUAGCUUUUGCCCGUGGCUACGCCCGUGUUUAUUAAAUGCGUCCGCAGAUUUUAAGUUAGAUCAUUUGCUAUAAGUACAAUCGCAUCAAAUUCCAUCCAGUAGUUUUUGCUCGCGUGAUGGGCUAAGAACAUACAGGCAGACAGACAAGCAUUCUAAAGAAAAGUUUUGGCUUCUAUUAGUCCCAUAAAGACUAAGAUAAAUAUUUUUCUGUUUGGAUUUUUUUAUUAAGUUAUUUCAUUUCAACAAUAAAUAUAUGGAAAUAAAUAAACGAAUCGCCGCUUUUCAUAACGGACCUUAAAAAGUAAACGCCACAGUUUCGUGUAUGGAGUGUAUUCUAUUUUAUAAACUCGAAAUUUGACAUGUUUUAAGUUUAAUUAGAAAUUGCUUUUACAGGCUUAAGGUUCUUAAUAAAAUACGCAAGUACCUUUUAGAGAAAGCAAGAAUAAUUCUUUGUUAGUCACUUAUACUUUGUCGUCUAAACUAUGGUGAUCUAGUGUAUGGUCCACGUUUAUUGUAUAAGACUAUACGUAUGGUGCAACGAGUGCAGAACGCAUGUUGUCGUUUCUGUUUUGCUAUUCCGCCUCGCACACACGUCACGCCUUACCUGAAUCAUAAAUCCAUGUUGAAUAUGGAAUCGCGGAGACAUUUACAUCUUGCUAUGUUAAUGUUUGAUAUAAUUAAAUUUUAAAAUAUUGAUUAUUUAUAUUGCAAAUUACAAUUUCAUCGUCCGAGUAUUCGACGUACUAGAUACGAUGCCGCUGAUGUUCCAUAUUCACCGUACUGUGACUUUCACUGGCAGUUUCCGUCAUCAGGCAACCAAGUGCUGGAAAAAUAUUCCUCCACCUAUUAUCGUUAUACAGGAAAUCAACUUUCAAAAAACAAUUUAAGACGUUUAUUUUAGAAAACCAAAAAGGAACUUAGUUGCCUGGUGGUGAUGUCUGCAAGUUUUGUGUGGCGUGUGACGAGUGGCUUGUAUUUGUCUGGUGCUAUUGUGUUAGUUUCGGUUUAAAUUGAAUUCGUAUACGUUUAGUCUACCUCCUAUUGUCUUCAUAAUAUUAGAAAUGUUAUUAAUUUAAAUGUGUUAAGUGUGUAUCAUUAAUUAUAUAAUUACUAUGGCGCGACCAUCUCCGAUAUGCGUGAAACCCCGUGUACCCUCUGGUGGUAUCUGAAAACCAGUGCCCUGCUCUCUUUGUCGAGCAGAAUAUGCACUGAGAUACUGCUCUUUUAUAUCGCUGCGGCACAUGAUUCUAUAGUUAUGUAGAAUGUAUUUGUCCUUUAUUUUAAUAGUUUACUAUAUGAUAAAUGUAUAUUGUGUGUCCUCGAUGUAAAUAAACAAUUUAUCUAUCUAUCUAUAUUAGA